CCUUAAUCCUUCCUCUCCAUUAAUCUCAACGGCCUUCAAGCGAGUUGAGACGUACUACCUACCAAGUCGCCAGCCAUGGUGUCUCGUCCGCUUAUCAGAGCGCCGUCUAAGCAUGUCGAGUCGAACUGUUCAGCAAAAGACGGCGCGGACGAAGAAAAGCGAUUGGCGGAUAAGUUCGCGGCACACAGACAUCUAGUCCCGUUAGUCUCGCAGAAUGACGACGUCAUAUUUCUCAACGCAGCCUCUGCUCCGCCGUCGAAUUUGAUCGUCCACGAGGCCAUCACGCGGUACUCGGCGCAGGCCUUAUACGAAUCUUACCCGUACACUAGCUGGCGCGAGACGCGCGAAGAAGCGCGCAGCCUAGUAGCGAGGUGCAUCAACGCCGAGGACCCAUCCGCCAUCGCCUUCACGCGCGACACCACCGAGGCCCUCGGCAGCUUCAUCCGCUGCGUGCGCUUCCAGCCCGGCGACAACGUCGUCACCGUCGACUCCGAACACCCCAACCAGACGCUCUGCUGGCUCGCCCUGCGCGACUUCGGGCUCGAGGUCCGCCAGGUCCCCACUAUUGCCGAGGCGGAGCGCACGGGCCGCAUCGAUACCGUCGAUGCGGAGACUUUGCGGCCGUACGUGGAUUCCCGGACUCGCGCUGUGGGGAUCAGUUCCAUUACGUUUGAUAGCGGGCUGCACAACGACGUCAAGAGCAUCUGCGCGGCGUAUAGGCCCCGGGGGAUACACGUUCUCGCGGAUAUAACGCAGCACGUGGGGUUCGCGCGCGUCGACGUCCGGGACCUGGGGGUGUCGGCUGCGGCGUUUAGUCUGCACAAGGGGCUCAAUGCGCCGACGGGGAUCGGCGCGUUGUACGUCUCGCCGGAGGCGUUUGGGGAGCUGGGCGAGCCGACGCCGCCGAUUGUUAGUAUGGAGGCUGUGAGGAAUCUUAGUGAGGAUCUGGUGGUGAAGGUGGACGAGCCGUUGGAGCUGCAUCCGAACGCGCGCCGGUUCGAACAUGCUAAUAUGAGUAUGGUGGGUGCUGCGGCGGCGGCGGCGUUUGCUCGGUUUUAUCUGGAUGUUUUGGGGCCGGCGGACGUAGAGGCGCAUCUGUUUGGGCUGACGGAUGUGCUGGGGAGAGAGUGCGAUCGGUUGGGUAUACGAGUGGUGAGUCCGAGGGAAAGGGGGAGACGCGCGCCGCAUAUUACGAUUUUGGCGCUGCCGAAGGAGUGGGGGGCGUAUUUUAGAGGUCCGGGGGGUGCGCGCGUUACGAUGAAUAGGUUAGGUGUGAGGGUGUCGUUUGGGUUUUAUAGCUCGGUGGAGGAUGUGAAGAGGUUUGUUAGGGUGUUGGAGUUGGGGAUAGCUCAGGGGCUGCGGGUGUGA